GACAUAAAAGUAAUCGUCCGCCGAGAAGCGAACUCAGUAAGAGUUAUUGGUUCUUCGGAAGUUGAGCUGCGAUGUCGAAACCGGUAGCGUUCGCGGGCGUGGCACUGGUGCUGCUGGUUCUACAAGCCUGCGGUUCGGUGAGUGCCAGGGAUGAAGACAUCUGCCGGCUGUUCUCCAACAACACUGUGAUCCGAGAUCCCGAUUCCUGCAGCCGAUCGAUUACGUGCAUCGACUUCGUGAGUCACUACAGCAGCUGCUCGGGAAGCACUCCGUUUUUCGACAAGGAUCAGAGCAAAUGCGUUAAGAGCCUGUCCUCCACGUCCAGCUGUUCUAUAUCCUGCGAGGGCGUGGCCUCCCACUUCCUGGCCGAUCCCAAGUCCUGCUACGGAUACUACUACUGCUCGGAAGCGGAGGUAGCCAUGUACGGCAAGUGUCCGGAGGGCACCCACUUUAAUGCCACCACCGAGACUUGCACCCAUCAAUACGAGUCGGCUUGCACCACCAGCACCUUCGAGUACUGCAACAUUGUGAAGAACGGCGUGAGUUUCGACAAUCUGCAGGGAUGCGACAAGUAUCACGUGUGUGACAAGGGAAAACUGGUGGAUAAGACCUGCAACGGCCAAUACUACCAGGCCAGCUCGGGAACCUGCGUGGCCAAGGCCCUGAUCGAUUGCGAUGCCCAUCCAAACACAGACAAGUGCGGCAAGGCCAGCAAGCCCACUGAAAACAAGUUCGUUGCGGAUGGGGCCACCUGUCGAGGCUAUUUCUACUGUGCCAAGCAGGCGGAUGGCUCUCCCGACCAGAACCCCAUCUGGAACCAGUGCCCCCAGGACAAGUUCUUCGAUGCCUCCAGCCAGAUGUGCAUUAGCCCCACUUCGGUCAAGUGCACCAACGAUCGCUGCGAUGGCCGUACUGUCGAUUUCGUUGUCAGCGCCACUACGGGUUGUCGCCACUACUACCACUGCUCCGGCGGAGUCGCCAGUGCCGAGAAGACGUGCGGCAACUACUUCUUCGACGAGGAGCUGGGUGGUUGCGUCCCAAACGUUAAGACCUACACUGCGUGCACUAAAUAAAUACCUUAAAUAAAGACCAAGCAUCG